AUGAGACUUCUGCGGAAAUAUGGCAGCAGCGCAACACAGAAACCAUCCAACACCCACGGCCACCUCCUUACACCCUCAGGUACUAUCCAACACCCUCGGCCACCUCCCUACACCCUCAGGUACUAUCCAACACCCUCGGCCACCCCCCUACACCCUCGGUUACUAUCCAACACCCUCGGCCACCUCCCUACACCCUCUGGUACUAUCCAACACCCUCGGCCACCUCCCUACACCCUCGGGUACUAUCCAACACCCUCGGCCACCUCCUUACACCCUCGGGUACUAUCCAACACCCUCGACCACCUACCUACACCCUCGGGUUCUAUCCAACACCCUCGGCCACCUCCUUACACCCUCGGGUACUAUCCAACACUCUCGGCCACCUCCCUACACCGUCGGGUACUAUCCAACACCCUCGGGUACUAUCCAACACCCUCGGCCACCUCCCUACACCCUCGGGUACUAUCCAACACCCUCGGCCACCUCCCUACACCCUCGGGUACUAUCCAACACCCUCGGCCACCUCCCUACACCCUCGGGUUCUAUCCAACACCCUUGGCCACCUCCCUACACCCUUGGGUACUAUCCAACACCCUCGGCCACCUCCCUACACCCUUGGGUACUAUACAACACCCUCGGCCACAUCCCUACACCCUCGGGUUCUAUCCAACACCCUCGGCCACCUCCCUACACCCUCGGGUUCUAUCCAACACCCUUGGCCACCUCCCUACACCCUUGGGUACUAUCCAACACCCUCGGCCACCUCCCUACACCCUUGGGUACUAUCCAACACCCUCGGCCAUCUCCCUACACCCUUGGGUACUAUACAACACCCUCGGCCACAUCCCUACACCCUCGGGUACUAUCCAGCACCCUCGGCCACCUACCUACACCCUCGGGUACUAUCCAACACCCUCGGCCACCUACCUACACCCUCGGGUACUAUCUAACACCCUCGGCCACCUCCCUACACCCUCGGGUACUAUCCAACACCCUCGGCCACCUCCCUACACCCUCGGCCACCUCCCUACACCCUUGGGUACUAUACAACACCCUCGGCCACCUCCCUACACCCUUGGGUACUAUACAACACCCUCGGCCACCUCCCUACACCCUUGGGUACUAUACAACACCCUCGGCCACCUCCCUACACCCUUGGGUACUAUACAACACCCUCGGCCACCUCCCUACACCCUCGGGUACUAUCCAGCACCCUCGGCCACCUCCCUACACUCUCAGGUACUAUUCAACACCCUCGGCCACCUCCCUACACCCUCGGGUACUAUCCAGCACCCUCUGCCACCUCCCUACACCCUCGGGUACUAUCCAACACCCUCGGCCACCUCCCUACACCCUCGGGUACUAUCCAGCACCCUCGGCCACCUCCCUACACCCUCGGGUACUAUCCAACACCCUCGGCCACCUCCCUACACCCUCGGGUACUAUCCAGCACCCUCGGCUAUCUCUGCAAUAAGCUGUGGCACCUAUCGACAGCCUCAGCUCGUGCACUAG